AUGUCUGUAUCACAAUCCAGUCAGGGCUCCAUACCCGACGGACCGUUGGAGCGACCGCAUAAUCCAUCCCUAUCGACCACACAAGCUCUUGUCCCCCUGCUUGCAGUAGGAGCUCUGAGCCUGACAAUCGGUCUACUCCCUUAUGCGGUUGUACGACGACAACUCGUCCAGCAGAGACGACUCAUCUCGGAGUUACAUGCAGACAUCAAAACAGGGAAUUGCUUCAUCGCAGAGCUGACCAAGAGCCACGAGGUCGACCAAGCUACGCGUCGUCUGCAUGAGCAAAAUCUUCAAGUGGAACUCCACUCAAGUCUACAGUCGGUAGAGGAAAAGUACCAAUCUGCUGUCCUAGCUCAGGAGAGAGACAUGCGCACCUUGAAAGAGGAACUGGCAAAGAGCACCGUCAAAACAGAAGAAUUGGAAGAUUUGAUUACGGUCGUCGGUAACCGAGUCGCAAAGGCAGCAGCAUUAAUAGAGGAAGAACAAGUCAAGGCGAAAGGGGGAGCCGAGUGGCUUUACCGUCAAAAACAUGAGAGAACUUGCACAGUACUUGCAAAGUUGGAGACGAGGGAAGUCGGUGGACACACAGAAGAAGAAUAG